AUGAUGGAUUUCAAAGCUUUGCCCAAAAUCGAGCUACAUGCUCAUCUCAGCGGAAGCAUCAGUCGCGAGUGCCUGCACGAUGUCUGGGUUGAGAAGAAGAAGCGAGGAGAGACAGACUUGAGAGAUCCAUUAGAGGAAAUGCCCGUGGGAAAAUUCGAUUAUAACUUAGAGACCUUCUUCCCCCUCUUCUCCAAGUACAUCUACGCCCUCUGCAAUGACCUCUCAUCCCUCAUCUACACCACAAACGCAGUCCUCAAAGACUUCGAGGCCGACGGCGUCGUCUACCUCGAACUCCGCACCACCCCGCGCGCAAUCCCCUCCGCAAACAUAUCAAAAGACAUCUACGUCCACACAAUACUAACCUGCAUCUCUGCCUUCAACACCACCUCCCACAGCAUGAAAGCAAACCUCAUCCUCUCCAUCGACCGCCGCAACGACGCCGACACCGCAAUGCAAGUCGUAGACCUGGCCCUCGCACACAGCACAGUAGGAGUCGAUCUCUGCGGCGACCCCGCCGUCGGCGACAUAUCCAUAUUCGCGCCCGCCUUUGCGAGAGCACGCGAGAGCGGCUUGAAAAUAACGCUGCAUUUCGCCGAAGCCCCGCAAUCGUCCACACCGGCCGAGCUCUGGACGCUGCUUGGUUUCAAACCGGAUAGGAUAGGACACGUGAUUAACGUUCCGGGUGAUGUGAAGGCGGAGAUUAUAAAGAGGGGGUUAGGGCUGGAGUUGUGUUUGAGCUGUAAUGUGCAUGCGAAGAUGAUUACGGGCUCGUAUGGGGAUCAUCAUUUUGGGUGGUGGAGGGGGACGGGGUGUCCGAUUAUUCUGAGUACGGAUGAUGUCGGUGUUUUUGGCAGCAGUCUCAGUAACGAGUAUGCACUCAUCGCUGAGCAUUUCGGGUUAGAUAGGGAGGAGAUAUGCACGCUCGCCAGAGGUGCAAUUGACACUAUUUUUGGAAGUGAGGAGGAUAAACAGAGGUUAAGAGAGAUGAUAUGGAAGUAG